UGCUGUGCGCGCAGAGGAAGGGAGGGCAAUCUUGUCCGGAUGCUAAUAAGACCCAAUGGCUGGUGCAAGGUGGCCAGGAGCGCUGAGACACGACCGAAGAGGGUGGACGAAGGAGAGAGAUCUUAAAAGAAGCGAAGCAAAAAGAGAAUGACAGCGCCAGAGGAGGGUUUUAUAGUCAGGGAAAGCGCCGGACUUUAGGUUUGUGCCUCCUCAAGGGAAGCUGGAGAGGAGAGAGAAGCGGUAAGUGAGCAGAGACCCUUCAAAACACCUGCGUCAAGACAGGUACCUGUGGAGGAAUCGAGGAGAUAACAGGAGAGCUUCUGCUGAGAAGCUUCUUCAGAGACCUCAUGCGGUCUUACUUUAAAUAACUGAUGCCACACUUUAGAAAUACUUCAACCAUUCAGAACACUGGGACCGUUCUUGUCAUAGAAGCAGUAUCCACUUUGUAGAUUAAAAUUCACUAGAUCUAUUUAUUUAACCAAAAAAAAAAAAAAAAAAAAAAAAGCAACAACAAAAAAAGCAAUCUAAAUACCUCAGAUUUGUUAGUUUGGUAUUUUGAAAUAUCACCACCAGUAAUCCAUGAUUUGGUAUGGACCAAGAUCUGAUCCUCAUUCAGUUGCUGUCACACACCUGGAACUGGGCUGUCACCCUGAGCCUCUGAGCUCCAACCCUCCCCAAUGAAGCAGUUCUGGUGGGCCCGUCUGGCACCACUUGGCCUGCUAGCUGCUUGUACCUGCCUAGGUGUGGUUCAGGGAUGCGGACCGGGUCCUGGGUAUGGCAUGCGUUCCAGGCCCAGGAAGCUCACACCUAUGCGCUACAAGCAGUUCUUCCCCAACUUCUCGGAGAACACCCUUGGGGCCAGUGGCAGGGCUGAGGGCAAGAUCUCACGCAACUCUGAGCGCUUCAAUCAGCUGGUGUGCAACUACAACCCAGACAUUGUCUUCAAGGAUGAGGAGAACACCAGCGCAGACCGGGUCAUGACUAAGCGAUGUAAGGACUGUUUGAACAGGUUGGCCAUUGCUGUGAUGAACCAGUGGCCAGGGGUACACUUGCGUGUGACGGAGGCCUGGGAUGAAGAUGGUCACCACCCUCCUGGCUCUCUGCAUUAUGAAGGCCGGGCCGUGGAUAUAACCACAGAUGACAGAGAAACAAAGAAGUACGGUAUCCUGGCUCAGCUGGCUGUGGAAGCGGGCUUCGAUUGGGUCCAUUAUGAGUCUAGAUAUCACAUCCACUGUUCGGUAAAAGCUGAUAAGUCUGAGGCCGUGGAGAGAGGUGGCUGUUUCCCAGGCUGGGCCCGGGUGACCGUUGCUGGAGGGAGGCAGAAGACUCUGUCAUCACUGGCCCCUGGCGACAGGGUCCUGGCUCUGUCUGUGACAGGCCAGGUCGUGUACAGCCAAGUCCUCCUGUUUCUGCACCUGGACCAGGAAAGCCGGUCUAUCUUUCUGUCUCUGGAGACAGAUGGUGGCCACCGACUGGUUCUGACUCCACAUCAUUUAAUGUUUUUAGACCCUGACUGUGGACGUAGUGAGUAUCAGGCUCAGUUUGCGAGCAGAGCCAAAGUCGGGGACUGCGUCCUCAUCAGCACGGUGGGGGGUCAAACAGAAACAUCCCGAAUUAUGUCUGUUUCUUUCACUGAGAGUGUGGGAGUGUUUGCGCCUCUGACUGAAGCUGGAACUUUGUUUGUUGAUGGGGUGCUGGUGUCCAGCUACGCGCUGCUGGAGGACCACAAACUUGCACACUGGGCAUUUGGACCUUUGCGACUUCUCCAUUCACUGGAGCAGUUAUUUUGGGGGGAAACUGCAAAAGAAGGGAAAAAAGCUUGCACUAAGACUGAAACACAGUUUGGCACUUUGACAUCUAUAGACAAAGCAAAUUCACACAAACAAGACAAUCUCAGUGAACCUCUCACAGUGAAAGAUCAAGAGCAGUGCUUCUUGAAGAUAUCACAUGUACACUGGUAUGCUAGAUUACUCUACAGAUUUUCAUGUAUCUUUUUAGACUCCAACAUUUUCCAUCCUUAAAAGUUAAAACCUAAAGACAUAUACUGCUGGCCAGGGUUAGGGGUUACCUCAAGAAAACCUGUCGUUUCCUCUCUUCGAGUAAAAACAAAUGAGACGCUGGCAUUGCUGGUUGGCUUUUUAUACUAUUGUUUGUAUGCUAAUCUACUGUCAGUGCAUUACAUUAGCAAUCUGUGAGAUAUGUCAAAUAAUACUAUUGUUGGUCAGAGAUGGUUAAUAUCAAAUAUUACUGUAUAUCAGCUAGUACCUGUACAACUGUUCUUUCUUUUUCCAGUAAAAAAAAUAAGUUAAAAUCUAAUAAGAUAGGAAUGAAUACCCUAUAAAACAGAAUCUUUAUUUUUGUACUUCGUGAAUCAUAAUAUAUAGAGGUUGCAUUUUAUUAUUGUAAUAAUAAUUCCACAACUUGUAUUGUAAGCACUGACUUGAUAUCAUAUCUCCAAACAAAUAAAAAUGUAAUUCAAUUAA